CGGCGAAGGAUGGGCCCUCUUUUCCCAGCUACCUGUGUCGUCCUGUUCGCCGUGAACGUCGUCGUCACGCCCGCCUCUAUUGGUCCCGAGGAUUAUCCUGCGGACGAGGCCGAGAGGGCGGCCAGUAAUGAUAUCAUUUUCGACGACUACAGAGGGAAAGGGUGUGUGGACGAUAGCGGAUUCGUGUACAAACUCGGAGAGCGCUUUUUCCCUGGACACUCGAACUGCCCGUGCGUUUGCACGGAAGAUGGACCAGUCUGUGAUCAGCCCGAGUGCCCGAAAAUACACCCCAAGUGCACAAAAGUGGAGCAUAACGGUUGUUGCCCGGAGUGCAAGGAAGUCAAAAACUUUUGUGAAUACAGGGGGAAGACGUAUAAAAUACUGGAGGAGUUUAAGCCCUCGCCGUGUGAGUGGUGUCGUUGCGAACCAAAUAACGAGGUGCAUUGCGUGGUGGCCGACUGCGCCGUGCCGGAGUGCGUCAACCCAGUCUACGAGCCGGAGCAGUGCUGCCCCAUCUGUAAAAACGGUCCAAAUUGCUUCGCUGGAACGACGAUCAUCCCAGCCGGCAUUGAAGUGAAAGUGGACGACUGUACCAUCUGCCGCUGUCAUAACGGGGACUGGUGGAAACCCGCGCAGUGCUUGAGGCGAGAGUGCCUCAACGCCCAGGCUUCGUCGUAG